AUGGUAUCUGAACAGCCCACGACCUACCACCUAUUACAUGCCACUUUGGUCAAAGACAGAGCUUUUAAAGGCACGAUCUCUGUUGCACCCCACAAAAUCACAGAUGAUUUUGUCGAAAAGACCUAUUACUAUGCUGGUGGAUCUGCCAGAUUUGCUUUCGGCCAAACGACCGACAUUGAUAUUGUAAAGGAUGGAUUUGUGUCCUCAACAGACUUUGACCAGUGUUGGAGGGCAAUGGGAGAUGUUGCAAGCGAAGACACCGUCUCAUCAAAUGUAAUACAUAGAGAGGUCAAUUCUUCAUUUACAAACUUUACCGGUAUUUUUGCUUCUGAUUGGGUAGCCGCUCAAGUACUCACUCAGAAACUUAUCGACACAUCUCUUCCAUUGGCAAAUUAUUUCAAUUCAACUUCUGAAGCACACAAAUUAAUGGUCGGGCAUCUCUACGAACAAUUUGCCAUCAAGUCUUUAAUGAAGAGGGCCACGUUCAAAAUCAAAUCCAAAGAAAAGGAACAAACCUUUGAAUUCACCUCACCUGGAGGAGCACUCACAUUUGGUUCAAUCGACAAAUGGACCGAACCAAAUACUCUCUACAUACCCAAGGACAAGUCUUUUCCAGCAAUCGAUCUCUUACUUACACCCAACUUGCUCUUUCAAAUCACCAAGGCCAAAGAUCACAAACCCCUUCCAUCCGUCAAACAAGGAUCUCAAAGUUUACCUCAUCUCUGUGGAGGAUUCAUAUGA